AUGCAUGAACACACAACACAACAUAGCUACGAGAUGAGCACCGAGGAGUUGCUCCAGGGCCACCUCCAGCUCUACCACCACUUCUUCUCCUACAUCAAGUCCAUGGCGCUCAAGUGCGCCGCCGAGCUCGGCAUCCCCGCCGCCAUCCACCGCCGCGGCGGCGCCGCCACGCUCCGGGACAUCGUCGCCGACGUCGCGCUCCGCCAGGCUAAGGUCCCGCACCUUCGGCGCCUCAUGCGCGUGCUCACCGUCUCCGGCAUCUUCGCCAUGAAGCAGCAGCAGCCGGCCUCCUCCGGCGAGGCCGUGUACACGCUCACCCCGGCGUCCCGCCUCCUCGUCGCCGGCGCCGGCGGCGGGCACGACAUGUCUCCCAUGCUAAGGUUUCUCGUGCACCCCACGGCUCUCACCCCGUUCUUCAGCCUGCACGCGUGGUUCAGGGUCGACGACGAGGAGGAAGAGGAGGAGCCUGUCGCCGCCGGCGGCGGCGCGGCGAUGUCGCUGUUCGAGAUGGCGCACGGCUUCCCCAGGUGGGAGAUGACCGGAAGGGACGCCGCGUACGGCGCCGUCCUGAACGACGCCAUGGCCGCGGACAGCCGCUUCGUCAUGGAGGUCGUGUUCAGGGAGGGCGGCGGCGACGUGUUCCGCGGGAUUGGCUCCCUCGUCGACGUCGGCGGCGGCCAUGGCGCGGCCGCGGCGGCCGUCGCCGCGGCGUUCCCCCAUGUCAAGUGCAGCGUGCUGGACCUCCCGCAAGUGGUCAGGAAGGCGCCACCGGACGCCGGCGACGUGCGGUUCGUCGCCGGCGACAUGUUUGAGUACGUCCCGCCGGCAGAUGCCGUACUACUCAAGUAUGUCUUGCAUUGUUUUGGUGAUGAUGAUUGUGUCAAGAUACUUAGACGGUGCAAGGAAGCAAUACCUGCGAGAGAUGCUGGAGGAAAGGUGAUAAUCAUAAAUAUGGUGAUUGGAUCAGGCUCACAGAGGGACAUCUUCAAAGAGACGCAAGUAUUGUUUGAUCUCUACAUGAUGUACAUAGAUGGGGUUGAGAGAGAGGAAAAAGAAUGGGAAAAUAUAUUUUCCAAAGCUGGAUUUAGUGCCUACAAAAUCAUGCCAAUAUUAGGUUUUCUAUCAAUAAUUGAGGUGUACCCUUGAAUACGUAUUGGAGUUCAGACCUGAUCUUCAGUUUUCGUUUGGUACGUGAACCUAAAGUUUUCUUUAGAUAAUGACUUGAAUUUAUGGUGUGAUUUGUAACUUAGUAGACAUACAUAAGUCUUCCCAUUCAAGAUGCUACCGCGAGUACCAAAGUCUUGUGUUGUGCUUCUAAAACAACGUGCCCGCAUGAUGGAAAAUAAAGAGAUUUUAGUUUGGAAGUUGAUAUUUCUUGACUACAUGGAGUUGAAGCAACCUAUAUUGUUGGUUUUCUUUGCAAGUUAUUUAUUUUUAUAAUUCGAAUUGAAUUCUAUUGUAGAUCUAAUUUCCCAUUAUAUUCAUACUUCCAUGUCAUGUAAAAUGAAUAGGAGGUGAACUUUUACUCGUACAGUAGAUCGAGUU